UACUCUAUAAAAAGCACAACAGAAUUCACCAGAUCAUCCAGCUUCAGUUUAGAGUCUAGACAAGGUCAAAUUUGGUUAAAAUGGCUUUUCUUGUUUUGCAGGAUCAAAGACUCUAGUUGCAUUGUGAAGUUGUACGAUGUAAGUUAGUUCAGGAUUAGGGUCAAGGUCAAGGGUGGAAUUCGGGACUCUCAUCUUGUGCAGUUAGGUAAGUUGAAUUAUGGAUAAUGAACAUGUCCCAAGCCAUGGAUGAUGCUAUCUUAAACAAUUCAUUCGAUAUCUGAUAUAAUGUAGCCUAUUUAAUGGUUUUUUGAACCAGUUUCUAUUCCCUAAACCACCGUUACCUGGUUCGCUAGUUUGAGAUUGGGUACGGGUUCGCAAUUCGCUACCUAAUUUGCUGAAUUAAACCAAAAUUAUACCAUUUUCAUGUUGUAAUUCGCUUUUUCGGUUCGCAGUUCGUGGGGUGAUGGGAGGAUUAGGUAACACUGCCCUAAACAGUUUGAAGAAGAUAAAAUGGCUGGGCCAUAUUUUGAUCUAGAAUACGAAAACUUAAGCAUCAGAAUAAAUCCUCCCAGGGUUUCUGUGGAUAACUCCAGUUGUAGUGACUGUACCCUAGUAAAGGUUGACAGCAUGAACAAACCAGGAAUAUUGUUAGAAGUCAUACAAAUCCUAACUGACCUUGAUCUAAUCAUCACCAAAGCUUACAUUUCUACUGAUGGUGGAUGGUUCAUGGAUGUCUUCCAUGUUACUGACCAAAAUGGGAAGAAGAUUACAGAGUACAGACAGCAAAACCAUAGAAUAUAUAGAAAAGGUACAAAUACUAAUUUGAGAUGGUCAAGGCUGGCAAGGACUUCUUUGGAUUAGUCAUGCUAGCCGAUUGACGAAAAUGAAAGAUGACAUUAAUGAAGAUAUUGCUGAAAGUGACAUUUUCUUUGCAUUAGGGUAUUAUCUAAUUGUUAGUUGGUUAACACUAUCUAAUAUCAAAUGUUUCCUUACCCUUCCUUUUCUCCUACU